AAGUGCUCGGAGGGGGGAGGGGUGUCCCGUCGGCAGGCACACAGACAGCAGGCAGCAGCUGCAGCGAGAAGGACCCGGUACCCGUUUCUCUGCAUUAAACCAUUCAUAGUAACGAUUUUUUAGCUCCGAAACACAUAGGACAGCAACACACACCACACAUCUAAAAUGGUAGACCGCGAGCAACUGGUGCAGAAAGCCAGGCUGGCCGAGCAGGCGGAGAGGUAUGAUGAUAUGGCAGCUGCCAUGAAAUCGGUUACAGAGCUGAACGAAGCACUAUCCAACGAGGAGAGGAACCUACUCUCUGUGGCCUAUAAGAACGUGGUUGGGGCGAGGCGUUCAUCCUGGCGUGUCAUCUCCAGCAUUGAGCAGAAGACGUCGGCAGAUGGCAACGAGAAGAAGAUCGAGAUGGUGCGGGCCUACCGGGAAAAGAUCGAGAAGGAACUGGAGGCCGUCUGCCAGGAUGUGCUCAACCUCCUCGACAACUUCCUGAUCAAGAAUUGCAAUGAGACGCAACACGAGAGCAAAGUGUUCUACCUGAAGAUGAAGGGUGACUACUAUCGCUACCUGGCCGAGGUAGCCACAGGGGAGAAGAGAGCCGCGGUGGUGGAGUCCUCCGAAAAGUCUUACAGCGAGGCUCACGAGAUCAGCAAGGAGCACAUGCAGCCCACCCAUCCCAUCCGCCUGGGCCUGGCACUCAACUACUCCGUCUUCUACUACGAGAUCCAGAACGCCCCGGAGCAGGCGUGCCACCUGGCCAAGACCGCCUUCGACGACGCCAUCGCCGAGCUGGACACCCUGAAUGAGGACUCCUACAAAGACUCCACUCUCAUCAUGCAGCUGCUACGAGACAACUUGACGCUGUGGACGAGCGACCAGCAGGACGACGAGGGAGGAGAGGGCAACAAUUAAAGAGUCCAAAACCUCAUUCUGCCAAAACAACACAACAUGCGCGCUCACAAAUGACAAAAUAAUAAUACUAGUUAAAAAGUUGUUAGAAAUUUAAAAAGAGAAGGGAGGGGGGGUGGUGGAACAACGGCGCCCAAUUCAGCCGAUGGUACUAACGUGGCUGCUGUUCUUUAUUUUUCAACAAAUUAAAAGUGUAAAAUAAGUUGGAGGGAAGACAAUUUUAGCUUGAGAAAUAACCUAAGAUUAAAAAAAAUAAACUAAAAGAAUGAAACCCCCUCCUUGGUAGCGUCUGCAGCAUUUGCCAAAAUACCACUUUAGAAGCAAGAGGUAUGUCAUUCAUCGCAGUGUGACUAUUGGGUAAUGAUACCUUCACACUGGCAGAGACUGGUCUUAUCGCGCAAAUGAAGCUGAGCUGUCUUAUUGUAUUUGGUGAGGGGAGGAGCAUUCAGAAAUUGAGUUUCGAUGCUUGAGCAACCAGAAAAUUAGAGUAACCUUGAAUGUCAUGGCCUUGCUUAGUGAGAGAGAAAGACAAGAGAGAAGAGCGAGUGAGAGAGCAGACGGGUUACAGAGAUGAAGACGGGGCUUUUUAGGGGUGUCCAACUUCAUCGUGUAACUUCCAAACGUACCGACAUCUUUAGUUGCACCACACUAUGAUCGUUGAGUGAAAAGCAGGUUGUCUCUGGUAAUGAAGAUAACAUUAAAAAAAAUAUGUUUUUGUUUGCUUUGUGUCAGGUAUGUGUCCAGCUCAGUCACACAGUCAUACUGUAACUAAAAAUACAAAUUCAUAAAGUAAACUUAGUGCAGCUUGUCCCUCUCAUGUGCUGAUGUGCUUUAUUAAAUAAAUUAACUGUUUUUGGACACCUAAUUCUUAUUGUCAGUAUUUCCGUUACUAUAACUUCUAUUGGCUCCUUGUAGGAAACAGUUUGGUUCACAGAAAUCCAGAUAGCAAAGUAAAAUUAAUGGAAUUUAAAAAAAAUGUGUGGUGAUUGAACAUAUGAGUCCACCCAUAGUCUCUCUUCAUAACUCUCAGUAGGAUCUCUGAAAUGGCACCUGGAACCACAUACUUGAUUAGUAAACUAAGUAUAAUUUGUGGACAGAGGACAUGCAAUGUUAAGUGGAAGCUCUAAAAGCAGAUUUGAGGUUUGUGGAUUUACUUUGUCUUCAGUUUCUUGGUCAAGAAAUGCACUUGCCUAUUAUACUGUUUCUUCAGUGUAAGAUGAUAACUGCUCCAAUAUUCUCCAUAAUACAAUAUUGUGCAUGCUGGUGAUGUAUUUAUACAGUAGCUUACAUUUAUUAACUUAUACUGUAGAUGUUAUGUAUUCAUAUGAACAUGGAAUUACUAGACCUUAAUCAGAUUAUUUUCUAUUUAUUUCUUUUUAUUGCGAUUGUUAGCUAGACCUUAUUUUAAUCUGUGUUUUCUUUACUCCAUUUGCUGAAGUACGCUAUACCAAAACAGUGAUUGUUAACAAUAAAUUGAUCUGUUACGGACA